AAAGAGGAUUCGGUUCUACAGCAAUGGCUGCAUUUGGUGAUCGUGCAAAGAGCUGGGAUAACGUGGCUGUGUUAGUUGACGAAACUAUUAAACCACAAGCUCCGUGUAGCCCAUUCCUACAGACCCCAACACGCCAGAACAUUAAACCAAAGGCCACUCUAAUAAGGAAUAAGAACACAGCAAACAGACAAUCAGCCCCUGAACAAAGGAUCCGCAAGGGCGAGGGCUACUCGCUCUCCCAUGUGGCUGAAAUCAAUCCUGUUGAAAGACCAUGUGCUUCUAUGCCCCUCUCUGUGAAAGCUGCUACGCCUAACGUUCGCCAUCGUAAGCCUAAGAAGCAAUUUAUUGAGCCUGUGAAGCCAUACACGACCGGUCUCCCGCCCAAAAGUAGCACCCCUUCCUUUGUUCCGGUCUCGUCUUACCCGACCACUGUAUCUUAUGAUAGUAACACAGCAGCUGAGCAACUAAAGGCGACGGAAGACUUAGUUACAUUGUAUUUGACGCCUGAGGACGAUUUCACACAGUCACCCCCGUGGAGCAGAUACGUAUGUCCACACAAGCCUAAGAAGAGAUCUAGGAAGAGAUCUAUUGAGCUAACGGCAAGCAAAGACUUGGAGUCCUUGCAUCGGUCGUCGUCUAGUACACCAACGCCCUACCAGCCACCAAGUGUCUCCAUUGAGAGGGAACAAAAGGAUUCCCCUUUACAAAAGGCACCUGAAGAGUCCUUGCAUUGGUCGUCGUCUAGUACACCAACGCCCUACCAGCCACCAAGUGUCACCAUUGAGAGGGAACAAAAGACAUCUGAUGAGACAAUCCAUGCCAUAGAAGUAGGAGAAGUAUCCGAAGACACCGGACUAACAGCGACAGCCCCUACAUCACGCCAAACAAAUCGUGAAGCUACAGGCGAAGGGUCUGAAGACACAGAGCUAACAGCACCCGUCCCUACAUCACGUCAGACAAAUCGGGGAGCUACGGGAGAAGAGUCUGAAGACACUGGACCAACAGCAACACAGCUUACACCCCACCAACUGUGUCAGGCUGCUUUGCAGGAGGACCCUGAAUAUAAUGUAGGUGAAUACCUCUUUAACUGUAUCUAUAGCACCGAGGAAGGCACCGAUUAUGUCAGCUGUAUACCACACACCUCUGUUAUAACUGUGGCAGAUAAAAAGUGUAACAGCGCUAAUACCGCCAUAACCACUCCUGUAAAUGUAUUAGAGGUUAACGUUCCAUUCCUUGAUAAGCAAGCAGUACCUAAUUAUAUUACUAACAAUCGGUUUGAACAAGGUGGGGCACUAGGAGGUCCUGAGCAGUUAACAUUACUUCAGAGUGCAGAGUUUUUUGAGUAUUGUGUUAACACAUCCCCUCAACAACCUGCAGUCGCUGACCCUUAUAAACAAAUACAAUCAGAAUUAGCCGAAUUACGAAAACAAAACAAUGGUCUUAUGAAUAAAUUAGAUGUCUUGCAAACAGCUAACACACAAUUGACCGGUUUGGUCACAGACUUUGGAACUGCGCUAGCCAUUCAGGCCAGAGCUAACACGCAUUUGGUUGAUAUGGUCACAGGCUUUGGCACAGCUAUUGCCUCUCAUGUCAGCUCUCUCAAUUCAAUGCUUGAUCCUAUGAUAGUAUGCCUUAAAAACACAAUGAAUAUGACCCCGCAGUAG